UUUGUGUUCCAAUUUUUUACUUUUAUUAUGAUAAAUACAAAUAACGUUUGCUUUAAUUUUCGUACUACUUCAGUUUGUUUACUAAAUAUCUCAUAGAACAAAAAACCUGUUGGCACCUUUUAAAGUAGCAGACAAGGUACGCGUAAGGAUACUGUUUUCUUUGGCUGUGAAAAGGGACUGACGCGGGUGUCUUGAGAAGUGGGCUGGGAUGAUAAGUGUGUUGCAAGGUCUGUGACUGUGUCGUGGCCAAUACAACACAGUGUCUUGUGAUGCGUGACUCAUGUAUGGAUAUUAAGCUCUCCCCGUCCCCAUAGCAGUGUGUUGAUCUAUUUAUGGUUCUUGAAUAUUGAGCAACCCUUUUCAGGAUAAGUAGAUCCUCAGAACACACUUCCUUCAACUUGUGUCGAGUGUGUUCGACGCGCAAUUCACGAAGUGUCGCAAAUCUUUGUUGUGUUUUGUUUGAAGUUGUGGUGUGAUCUCUGCUGUAUGAUGAGGAGCGACUGACAUUCUAACUGUUGAUAGCUUUCGUUUGAUUAUUUUUGCCCUCUAAACAAAGAGAAAAAAGGAGUAGGUAAUAUUACUGAAGGAUACGGAUAUGAAUGGUGUUACUUCAUCAAUCCUGUGCGCCGUCACAAUUCUGCUGCACCUGGCUGAUGGCGAUAUUUACCUUCACAACCCGAGGGGAAGCAAUAACCGACUGGACGAAAGCUCCAGAGCAAGGGCCAAUGGCAACAACAUUUUCGACUCCCAGAACAACGAGAGAGGAGGUUACAACGUGGGCUCUUUGUUUUACUACCAGGGCUCAACACUGUCCGUAGAAUGGACGAACCAGCACUCGUGCCAUGACACCAACAACCACUGUGAGCUGGUCCUACAGUACAUGUGUCAUGAUAACAUCAGGGAUGGAGUCUCUACCCAAACAAUUCCAACCAAUCCAGCUCUGUGCGCGAACUACAACUGUGACUUGGACCGUAAGUACCGUAUGCACGAGGACUCCUCGCAUUACUUCCAGUGCCUGUACCGACAGAGGAACAAGGGAAUAUUUACCGCAGACCAGAACAUGAACAACAGGGAGAGAGCCCGCAACACCCGACAGAACCCCGCGGGUACGAGGCGCGGCUACGAGUGUCCGGAGGAGAGAGACUACUACCCCUACUGGCACCCUUCCCCAUGGGUGGACAUCGCUGUCAUGACCAACGACGUGUCCCGGUGUCAUUACUACCGAAACGAGAGCCAGAACGUCAAGUCGAAAUGGGACUGUGUCUUCCCCAAAGCUGUCAUGGACAAGUUCAAAGUGAACAGAGUUAACGUGCAGCUUCCUAACAACGAAGAGGACUGUAAGAAGUUUGAGCUCCCAGCAAAAAUCAAGAGCGAUAUACGCAAGCCGCAGUGGGUAGAGUUUCCUGCCCAUGGAGUUGCAGCCCCUGACUGUAGAGAGACGGAUUUCACAAGGGACAACCAUCUGGGAAAUGGCAUCGGAGGUUACCCCAACAUGUUCAACUGGACGAUCCCGAACAAUGUAGAGCAUGAGAACUGCAUCUUGAGGAUAAGGUACAACAUUUCAACUAGUGACUAUGAUGGGUGGACGGCCAAUUCCUCCUUCAACGCAAACCCCCGGAGGAGAAACGAUGGCGCGAAAGUUCCGCUGGCGGACAGAUUUGGCUUCGAGUCGGAAGAAAUUGCCAAAGAGAGAGGCUACAUCUUUAAGAACAAUCCUGUGGUGAACGUUUUUGAUGGACUAGACCUUGACCUGAGGCUAGCCGUAAAUACUGCACAGUUUGGUCGCACUUUUCAAGACAGGUCUCACACAUUUGCCAUCCGCAAACGGCCGGACUGGCUGCAAGGGCAAACUGUCCACAACUUGAACGUCCGCGGAAAACGAGGCAACAUUGUCCAGGUGUACCCAGCUGUGGAGUACGACUUUGUGCCCAAUGACUUAGAAGUGGCUGUUGGUGACUAUGUUCAUAUGCAAUGGACGGGCUCAAACACCAACCCGAGGAACAAUGACGGCCAGGGUCUGGCGGGGACCGAUCGCAACAAUCUCAUUCUUCUCACCGCACAAAAGUUUGCUGAGGGUAGCGGCACAGCGGAUUACAGGGGAGCCAAGCAUGGCCACUACGGAACCAACUACCCCAUGCGUGCGGAGAACUCCACUUUCCUGGGCCUGUCUCAGGAGGAUGCACUCACUCUAGCUUUUCUCGAUCCAGGUCAGUUCCGAGGGGAAGUGUCUGAGCUAGACGACGCAGGAACUUACUUCAACCUGAGCCCUCGCAAAACGACCUCAGCAGGAACCUACCAGUACAUGUGCACUCGGAACAAUAAUUUUUCCAACCGCGACCAGAAAGGGAGAGUGGUCGUGAAUGCGUCUCCUUUUAAGCGAGAAGCCAUCGGGCAAAUGGGAGGAGAGGUUGCUUUAGAUAAUGGAGCCGCGCGCAUGUCAGUGGAAGAGAACACGUUUAGCAGCCUGAAGAACGUGAGGCUGGAGAAGUGGAGCGUGUCCGAGGGAGAGGCCGCCAUGUCACGUGUGAAUAGGGCUCUCGGGGCUGGUGAUGACUACGCUAGUGACUUUGUGGUGUUGCAGCCCGAGAACUUGAUAGAGGAAGGAGACGACGACAAGUUCUUCACCCUCCGCAUCCAGCUCUCCGACGAUUCGGAUGACGUCGACGUCUACUACGCCCCCAGCGACUUCUCCGCGUGGUCGAAAGCCGACGCCCACGUCGGAGGGGGCGUGGCCACCGUGAGAGCGCAGCACGGCGGGGUGUACGUCGCGCGGAGUAAGAGCAACGUGGGCAUGAUUGUUGGGGUUGUUAUAGCGUGCGUUGUGGUGGUUGUGAUUGUGAGUGGUGCCGUGUUUUACUUCCGCAGGAAUCCCACGAAGUGGCAGGCAGUGAAGACGAACUGCAGAAAUGCGGAGAGAUCCAUGAAGAACAAAGUAUAGAAAGUGUUGGGGGGGUUUCAAAGUGUCUUUUCAUGCUCUAAAAUACACAGUUGAAAUUGUCCAAGAUGGCCACAGACUGUCUUAGCACUUUGCCAUCCCAUCUCGCCGAUCG